UUCAUCGCAUCUCGCCCACCGUCAUCGCUCGGAAACCUCAAGAAACCGACCGCCGAGGAAUCUCGUCGCCGGCACGGUGAUUCCCACCAUCUCGUCCGCACUAUCAGACGGAGCUCUUCCCUUCGUUGGGCCUUCCUAGGAGCUCGCCGUUCUUGGACGCGGCGGACCGUGAAAUCUCCGGAAACCUCAAGAAAACCAUCGCCGACGAAUCGCGUCGAGUUCACGGGGAUCCCACCAUCUUGCCGGCGAUAUCAUGCGGAGCCCUCCCCUUCGCCGGACUUUCAUAGGAGCUCGCCGUUGUUGGAUGCGGCGGAACGUGAAAUCUCCGGAAACCUCAAGAAAACCAUUGCCGAGGAAUGGCGUCGGCGUCACGGCGGAUCCCACCAUAUCACUGGCACUAUCCGGUGGAGCCCUUCUUUUCGUCGGACUUUCUUAGUAGCUCGCCGUUCUUGGACGCGGCGGACCGUGAAAUCUCCGGAAUCCUCUGCGUCGGAGUACGGCGGAUCACACCAUAUCACUGGCACUAUCCGGCGGAGCCCUCCUUUUCGUCGGACUUUCUUAGGAGCUCGCCGUUCUUGGACGCGGCGUUCCGUGAAAUCUUCGGAAACCGCAAGAAAAUCACCGCAGAGGGAUCGCAUCGCCGUCAAGGUGGAUCCCACCAUCUCGUCGGCGAUAUCAGAGGGAGCCCUUCUCUUCCGGACAUUCUUAGGAGCUCGAGUUUCUUGGAUCCGGCGGAUCGUGAAUUAUCCUGAAACGUCAGGAACCCACCGCCAAGGAAUCGCGGUGGCAGAUCCCACCAUCUCGCCGGCGAUAUCAGACGGAGCCAUCCCGCCGCCAAGGAAUUGCGUCGCCGUCACCGCGGAUCCAUCAUUUCACCGGUGCUAUCAUCUUGAGCCGAUCCGUACGGGUUUCUAGCCCAUGGUCGGAUGUGGAUGUUGAAACGCUUCUUGAAGUGCACAGAUGGGGAUCCGGUGAACAGGGCAUUGGGCUCAAUGUUAGAUUGCAAUCGCUGAUAUGUUGAAGGCAAUGAUGAGAAAUUUGAUUUCGCUGAAUCCGAAAACUGAUCCGUCGCCUAGUUUUCCUGUGGAAGGCCUUUGUGUUCAGAUGGAUCUGACUUAGUUGGCUGGCAUGAGAUGCAUAGAUACCAGAAGGUCUACCCUAUGGAGAGUUGUCAUAACAAGAGAGAGGAUCGAUGAGUGGCUCUGGUGUGACGAGGACAUAUGGGCUUUACAAAAGGAUUGCUCUCGACUGCUUCCAGAAAGAAAACCACAACCACAGCAAUAAUAGCAACAUCUGGUCUUCAAAAGUUGGCCGACUUUUCACUCUCUCGACAUUGCAACAGUUGCGGUUGGCCCCAAGCAAUAGCAUUUCCUCGUCACAUUUGUGAAGAUUACUACAUCGACGCCGCCUUGUGUUUCCAUGUCUCUCUCUAUAUAAACCCGGGAGAGGAGUCGCAGAUUCUACCACGAGCUGUUUGUUACUAGGAGCAGAUAAGCUCGUGAUGUUGGAAGCAUUAUCUCCAAGGUCUCACGUAAAAGACACGAGGGAUAAAUGCAUUGUCAUUGCUGCUGUUCCUGAAACACUGGGUCUGCUGCACUGGGCCAUUUACCACGCUGCACCUAUGUCCACAGCCUGCAGGCGCAAUAACUACAGACAAGGUACGAUGGUACCUGCAAGUUGCCACGGUGCCGUCUGAUGAUGGGCUACAAGUGAUGCAUGAGAGUUCAGUCCCAGCGAGCUUUCAUCACUUUUUGACAGAAGGGAGAUCUCGGUCGUACUAACAAAAUUACCAAACUGGGGCGAUCCGGUGGCGCGCACUCAACUUGCUAGCCGUGGGGGGGUCACGAGGAGAAAGCUUAUUUUGCGGAACAGUGAUUGCAGCCUUGGAUUCCAGCGGUUUGGUCUGAAACGGGAACAGCUCAGUGAUCUGCUUCGGUCUCCUGAAGAUGACUCACCUCGUUGCUCGCUCCCCAUACGCCACGAUAUUUUCCCUGUGGUGUGUUGCUGCUAUAAGCGGAGAAGCCAAGGGGUGGCAUUACUCCAAUCGAUAAGUUCAAUCAUGGACGCCAACGAGGCGACGAGGAUGGUGUUCUCCAAGAUACAGAAUCUGGACCCGGAGAACGCCCCCAGGAUUAUGGGCCUUCUCUUGCUGCAGGAUGACGCCGAGAAGGAGGUCAUUCGCUUGGCCUUCGGCCACGAAGCCCUCCUCCACGCCGUGGUGGUGAAGGCCAAGGAGGAGCUUGGCCUCGCUCCGCCACCCUCUGCCGGCGGCUCCGCAGCUCCCCCCUACCUCCUCCGUCUGAACUCCGCCAAGCGCCUGCUCGCCGUCUCCUCCCCUUCCUCGGGGGCCCCGAACUCUGUGUUCUCCCGCUCCGGCAGCAGUCUCGGUGACAUUGGUUUGGAUGGAUCGUUGGAGCAACUCCAGAACUCCGACGAGCUCAUUAGCCCCAGCAAUUUCAGCUCGUCCCCAUUCCAUGGCAGCGGCGGCGACCACGUUCCGGACCAGUUAUCCUUCCUCGGCGGCCCCGCCGCGGCCCCUAAUUCCAGGUCAUCGAAGCCCAGCAGCGGUGGUGACGUGAUCCACCCGGACGUCGGGUUCUGGAGCCCGCGAGGGAACGGUGACGGUUCGCUCUUCCCUUAUGGGUUGGGAUGGGGACUCGACGGCUACCAGCAUCAGCGGAGCUGCUCCGCCGAUGACGACCUCUUCCUCGGUGCCGCCCCCACACUGGAGUUCGGUUGGGAUCCGUGCCUCUACUUCGCGAGAGGCUACUGCAAAAACGGGACAGCGUGUCGGUUCCUCCACGGGCUACCGGAGGAGGCCGCGGCGACCGCUGUCACCGGCGCCAAGUUGGAUGCGGUGAUGCAGCAGCGCCAGGAGCUUCUAAUGAGAUCAAAAAGCCAGAGGAUGGGCGGCGCUUCGCAUCUCAUGGCCGCCGGGUUCCCAGACUCGCCGACGGGUUCGGUGCGGACUUCUCCGUCAUCCACCUCGAGCAAAUUCCUGAGCUUCUUGCUUCAGCAGCAACAAAACGAGAGCCAAAGGGCGGCAGCUGCGGCGGCGCUGAUGCUGGGCGGGGACGAGGCAAAUAAGUUGAUGGGCGGAUCAAGAAUAGAAAGAAGCGAUUUGCUGGGAAAUCAUGGUUCCAGGCAGAUCUACUUGACCUUCCCCGCUGACAGCACGUUUCGGGAAGAGGACGUGUCCAACUACUUCCGCAUCUACGGGCCAGUGCAAGACGUGAGGAUCCCCUACCAGCAGAAGAGGAUGUUCGGCUUCGUGACCUUCGUCUACCCGGAGACCGUGAGGCUGAUCUUGGCUAAGGGAAACCCACACUUCGUCUGCGAUUCCCGGGUUCUCGUCAAGCCAUAUAAGGAGAAGGCAAAACUCGUCCCCGACAAGUACAACAGGAAGCAGCAGCAGCAGCAGCAGGAGGCUGAGAGGUGUACGACUUCUGCAGCCCUGGAUGCUAGAGAAGCCUAUGACCUUCACCAGCUUGGUGCAAAGAUGUUGUACAGCAGCACCAGCGCGGAGCUGCUGUGGAGAAGAAAGCUAGAAGAGCAGCAGCAAGCAGCGGAGCUGCAGCGGGCCAUUGAGCUACAGGGGAGGCGAUUCAUGGGCCUCCAAAUCCUUGACCUCAACAACCAAAGCUUCCCCACCUCAGCCACAUCAUCCUCCAUCGACUCCCUCAUCAUCACCUCCGCUCAACCAAUCAGUAAUCUGGACAGAAGCAGUAGUCGGGUAGCGUCGCCAACCGAGGCUGAGAGCCUCAGCAUUGCAGAACCUGAAGAGAAGGUUAAUAGCUCCCCUGGAUCUUUACUCCAGCAGCAGCACGAAUCUGCCGAUGAAGAUGGUGACUCCCGUGGGAGGGCGGAUCCUAACUUGCCCGACAGCCCAUUUGCUUCACCCACCAAAUCUUCCUCCAUGCUCGACUCGUUCUCCACCGGCGAAGACAUGACUACUUGCUGCAUCGCAAACAAUGGCAGCAGCGGCAACAACAGCUUCGUCACUUGACGUCCCCACCUCCGGUUCAUACUUCUUCCAAACGCCGAGGUAAAAAAGCACCCCACCCGUCACUGAAAAAAGAAGCUUAGGGGACAUAAUGAGCCAAGUGUAAGCCUCAUUGCCCGCCCCUUUUUUUUUUUUGGUCACUUUCAAACUUUUGCCAUGCCUCUUUUUUUGGUUUUUGAAACAGCAAAAGCAUAGUGAUACGCAGGGCAGGGUGAAGUGGAUUCCAUGGAUGGCCCGAAAGUCUAUGGUUUCUUCCUUCUUUUCUUCUUAUAGUUUUCCAGUGUAAGCUUUACAGGAAAAUCUUCCCUUGCCAUCGCUGAUUUCGCCUGUACCCCGGUUGCCAUGACAUCGUGUCAGUAAGGAAUGCGUACCAUGGGAAUGCAGCUGGAACAAUGGGGACUACGGCUCAAUAUAACUGGAAGUUCAAUGUCAUGCAGGUCCAUUUCCACCAACAUCAACACCAAUAUAUCUGCAGAUGUUGAAGCUAUCGUUACGUCAAGACAGAAAGCCGGAACUGGUUUUGUCAUGCAGGUCCAUUUCCACCAACAUCAACACCAAUGUCAUGUUUUGAUAUAGAUUACUUUUCUGAAUAACCUAUAGAUUACUUUUCUCCUUGUGGUGACGUUUGUUAGUCACCAGUACUAGUUUUACAAACUGAUGGCAACUGAAAUGUGAAACUAAAGGUCUUAUCGAACUUUGGGUAUAUAUAUAUACUUCCAGGACAAAGGAAGCAGAGGAACUGCCACAA